AUGGCAACAACAAGUCACCAGUGGGUGUCAGACGAUACGCGGGCGAGGCUCCUGCAUACAGAAUUCAACAUCAAACGGAAGGUUACAAGCGUCUGGUCAGGUUUCCUCUCGUUCGCGCUGCGCGACAACGUGCUAGAGGUUGCGGUCGGUUUCAUAAUCGCGUCCUCGUUCACAGCGCUCGUGAAUUCAUUGGUUUCCGACAUCAUCUUACCGCCGAUCUCUCUACUACCUUUCAUGUCGCGAAACCUCGAAGAGAAGUUCUGGAUUCUGAGGAAGGGCCCACACUUUCCUCGACAGGAGGGCUACAAUACUAGGAAACAGGCAAUGGACGACGGGGCCGUUAUCCUCACCUACGGGGCUUUUUUUGACCAGAUGGUGAACUUCAUCGGGGUCGGCUUUGCGCUGUACGUGAUAGCGUCUCUGUAUGGCUAUCUCAGUAAGGACUCGAUCAUCAAGAACACGGUCAAGUGUCUGUACUGCAGGAAGGAAAUAAGUGAGAAGGCUAGGAGGUGCCCGAUGUGUACAUCGUGGUUAGAUGGACGCGAAGACAGGGAAACUAGUGCUCUACCUCAGUCCUCGUGA